AUGAGUGGUGAUGGUCCGGGGAGUUUGAGGGCAAUGUGUUCAAAAGAGGGGGCGGGGGGGAGCGAGAGGGUGGAUGUAGUCGGUGAGGGCGUGGAGGUGGACAGUGAGACCAGUUUUCUUGUGGAGGCGUUCAAGUUGGUGUUUUUUUCUUUUCAUCUCCCUGAGCUCGGGGGUGUACCAGGGGGCAGGGCGAUGGAAGGAGACAGGUGGAUGGGUGCGAUAUUGUCGAGAUAUUGUGUAAAGAAUAUUGACUUGCCACAGUCGGUGACCGACAGUCAAAGUUUUUUGAGGUUGUGUUUUGUUUUGGCGCAUUGGUAGCGGGAGGUGUCUGGGUAGCGGGCUGGGUUUUCGAGGAUGUAAUGACGAGAUGCCUCAGGCUGUUUAGGCUCGAUCCCGUUUUGUGGGGGGGUGUUGGCGUUGUGACGAGGACACGGCAGUGAGGGAACCUCCAGCUCGCACUGCAAGAAACUGCCGGAGCGACCAGUGGAGUGGCGGCGAACUGCUUCCUUCAGGAGCCCAAGUCGCAGUCUGGAGAGACUGGUGGUGGUGGCAGCCGACUGGCGAGUUUCGGAGGGCUGGGCUCAGUGCUCACCGAUGGGUGGAGUCAGGGAGGAGUCCCCCUCACUAGCAAGGGGCAGCGUCCGGGGGCCACUGCACGUUGGCGGGGAGGUGGUCUUCAUGCCCAUGUCGAACGGCGAUCGGGAGGCAGCUGGACCAGAGGGGGCCGGCCCAGAUUUAGCGGUGGUCAGAGGUGCAGCUGCAGGGAGGCCCGGGCGGUCGGGUGAGCCAUGGUCGGGCAUCCGGGCAGCUAGAAGGCUGGAGGAGAAGGGCCACGUCAUUCCCCGUCGGCGUCUUGCCCAGAAUGCCAGCGGCGAUAGCGUCGCAGUUAUCCUCCUGCGUCGGGCCAACGGCUGGAUCCACAGUGGCCUGUGGUAGGGCCUCAACGCGGCUGUCAGGGUGAUGCGGGUCGGGAGCCAUCGGUGGGGCGGCUUUUUCCCUUACCGCAGACAACAACCUCGCUCCAGGUCCGGCCAGCACGCGGUGUUGA